CAUUGGUUUCGGAGCUGAUCGGUCUCUAUUUCUCUCUUCAUACACAUCUCUCGUAAGCUUCUCCUCCUCCUUUUAUCUUCUUCCAAUUCCCUCAAUUGCUUUCUCCUUUAAUGUUUUCGUUUCUCCAAUCGUCAUUUAAGCAGAUAAAGUUGAUCGGAUACUAGAAUGGGAGGAGGAUUUAGAGUUUUGCAUUUGGUGAGGCCAUUCCUUGCGUUUUUGCCUGAGGUUCAGAGUGCUGACAGGAAGGUGCCAUUCAGAGAGAAGGUUAUCUACACUGUCAUCUCUCUCUUCAUCUUUCUUGUCUGCAGUCAGCUUCCUCUUUAUGGAAUCCAUUCCACGACUGGUGCGGAUCCUUUCUAUUGGAUGCGUGUCAUUCUUGCGUCCAACCGUGGAACUGUCAUGGAGCUUGGUAUUACUCCUAUUGUCACAUCUGGACUUGUGAUGCAACUCUUGGCUGGUUCCAAGAUUAUUGAGGUUGACAACAAUGUCCGUGAGGAUCGUGCCCUCUUGAAUGGUGCUCAGAAGCUUCUAGGUAUUCUGAUUGCCAUCGGAGAGGCUGUUGCAUAUGUUCUUUCUGGAAUGUAUGGUCCCGUUGGACAGCUUGGUGUUGGAAAUGCCAUUCUGAUCAUCCUCCAGCUUUUCUUUGCUGGAAUCAUUGUUAUCUGCCUUGAUGAGCUCCUUCAAAAGGGAUAUGGUCUUGGAUCAGGAAUCUCCCUUUUCAUUGCCACCAACAUCUGUGAAAGCAUUAUCUGGAAGGCAUUUAGCCCAACUACCAUCAACACUGGGCGUGGAGCUGAGUUUGAAGGUGCUGUUAUUGCACUGUUCCAUAUGCUGAUAACCAAGUCCAACAAGGUUGCGGCUCUCCGCCAAGCUUUCUACCGGCAAAACCUUCCAAAUGUUACCAACUUGCUUGCCACAGUCUUGAUCUUCCUGAUUGUGAUCUACUUCCAAGGUUUCCGUGUGGUUUUGCCUGUGAGAUCAAAGAACGCCCGUGGACAACAGGGUUCUUACCCAAUCAAGCUGUUCUACACCUCUAACAUGCCCAUCAUCCUCCAAUCCGCUCUUGUCUCAAAUCUUUACUUCAUCUCUCAGCUUCUCUACAGGAAGUUCAGCGGAAAUUUCUUUGUAAACCUUUUGGGACAGUGGAAAGAAUCUGAGUACAGUGGGCAAUCCAUUCCAGUUAGUGGUCUGGCUUACCUCAUCACAGCUCCAGCAAGCUUCUCUGACAUGGCAGCUCACCCGUUCCAUGCACUGUUCUACAUAGUCUUCAUGCUCACUGCUUGUGCUCUUUUCUCAAAGACAUGGAUUGAAGUCUCUGGAUCUUCUGCUAGGGAUGUAGCUAAGCAGCUAAAGGAACAACAAAUGGUGAUGCCAGGACACAGAGAGUCAAACUUGCAGAAGGAACUGAACAGGUAUAUCCCAACAGCAGCAGCUUUUGGAGGAGUGUGUAUCGGUGCACUCACAGUUCUGGCUGAUUUUAUGGGAGCCAUCGGGUCGGGAACUGGAAUUCUGUUGGCGGUCACGAUCAUAUACCAGUAUUUCGAGACCUUUGAGAAGGAAAAAGCCACUACACUGGUUUCGGAGCCAUCCAUCGUCAACAUGGCCACGGAGGCGAUAUUCGCAUCCUUAAGACGGAGGAGCUCGCCGUCACUGGAUGCAUUUUUGACAACAACCGUUAAUCUCUCCGGCGUCCCUCUCAUUCAAACCUUAGCUUCAAUUUCAGCAGAAAUCAUCUCGUGCUUCCGCGGCGUACGUUUCUGCUUCCAACGCAGAAACUCACGUUCUCUGAUUCGGAAGAUUGAGGUCUUGCUCGUCUUGUUUGAAUACAUCUCCGAUGAUUCAGGUUUGGAUUCGACGGCAGUGCUUUGCUUUAAGGAGCUCUUUCUCUUCCUCCACCGUUCCAAAUUCCUUCUCCAUUACUGUGCUCAGUCCAGUAAACUAUGGCUCUUACUACAAAACCAGUCGCUUUCAGAUUUUUUCCAUGUUUUGAAUCGUGAUAUUGUGACCCUUUUGGAUGUUUUACCCAUCAACAGUCUUAAUCUAAGCGACGACAUUAGAGAACAAAUCGAGCUUUUGCAUCAACAAUCCAGUAAAUCGACGACACUGUUCGUUGAUCACAACGACGAAUUGCUACGGCACAAAUUCUAUUCGUUUCUCCACGGAUUUGAGAAGGGUCAGAUACCCAAUUCGGGAGAAUUGAGAUCUUUCUUCGUUGAGAAAUUGGAGAUUAGUGAUCCGAAAAGUUGCAGAGAUGAAAUCGAGUUUCUUGAAGAGCAGAUUGUGAAUCACGAUUGUGAUGAUUUGGAGCCUACAAGCUCGUUGAUUAACGGGUUUGUGGCUAUCACACGUUAUUGCAUGUUUUUGUUGCUUGGGUUUGAAGAUGAUGGAAUGGAGUGGAUUAUCGAGAACUCGAAGAAACAGAGGAAAUGUUUAAUUGCGGAGGAGAUUGUGGAUACGUUUAUGACGCUACCAAAGGAUUUUGUUUGCUCUAUCUCUCUUAGUUUGAUGAAGGAUCCUGUGAUUGUUUCCACUGGACAAACUUAUGAUCGGAGCUCCAUAGUUAGGUGGUUUGAAGAAGGUCACUCUACUUGUCCUAAAACAGGGCAAAAGCAUGUCGACUCUUCGUGUAUUGUUCCUAAUCUAGCUUUGAGAAACUUGAUAACGCGUUGGUGCGCAGCAAUGGAGUUUGAGGAUUCACCAAACGAGUCUCCUGCUUUAGUUCUUCAAACAAGAGCUUCAAUGGAAGCAACUAAAGCCACUGUGUCGAUUCUCAUACAAAAUCUAGCUGGUGGGUCAGAGUUAGCUCAGAUAGUGGCGGCACGAGAAAUUCGUCUUCUAGCCAAAACAGUUAGGAAAAGAGGUGUAUUGAUCGGGGAAGCAGGUGCAAUCCCGCAUUUGCAUAGGCUUCUUAAAUCCAAAAACGCUGUUGUGCAAGAGCAUUCCGUUACAGCGAUGCAUAAUUUGUCUGUCUGCGAGGAAAACAGAAGCCUGAUCAUGGAGGAAAAUGAUUGCCUUGAGUCGAUUGUGUGCGUUGUCGCCUCAGGUCUUACUUUGGAAGCUCAAGGAAACGCAGCAGCCACAUUGUAUAGUCUUUCCACAGUACAUGAAUAUAAGAAACGGAUCGCAAAUGUAGAUGGCUGCAUCACAUCACUUGCAUCGCUGUCGCGGAAUGGAAAGCCGAGAGGGAAAAAAGAUGCACUCAACGCUUUAUAUGGCAUAUGGUCACAUCCGGAUAAUUGCAGCCAGAUGAUCAACUCGGGAGGAGUGUCCGCUGUCAUAGGAGCUUUGGCUGACGAGGACGAGGCUGUGACGGAGAGAGCGGCGGUAGUGUUGGGGGUAGUAGCGAAUCAUUCUUUAGGAGCAGAGACUAUAGGGAGAGAGGAAUCAGCUGUGGCUGGACUCAUUGAAUUGAUGAGAUGUGGAACACCAAGAGGCAAAGAAAAUGCGGUUGCUACUUUGUUACAUCUCUGCAUAAACGGUGGAACGGUUGUGGUGGAGAAGGUGGUGAGAGCACCGGCUCUUUCUGAUUUAACCCAAAAGCUUUUGCUCACGGGUACAAAUCGAGCUAAGCGGAAAGCGAGUUCAUUCCUCGCUUUGGUUCGUAAGGGGUGCGAAAACACAGCGAUGAUGCGGUCUGGUAAUAGAGAAGGGAGUUUUAGAACCCAUGUCUCUCUACCCAUCUCUAUACCUGUAUCUGUGUUGUGAUCUUACAUACAUAUAUAUGCACAUAAGCCUUAAUAAUGUUAAUGGGGAAGAUAAUAAGAGUUUUGUUAAGCGAUGUUUAUGUAUUGCCUAUAAAUAUUAUGUUAUGUAAUAAGCUAGAAGUUUAUUG